AGGCGGUUUGAUUGCGUAGGGUAGGCAUGGCUAAGUUCCGAAUCAAACUUGCAUAGUGUAGGCAUUACUACAAUUUGCUUGACUAAUCCAAAUAUAAUUAAAUAUUUUGACCUACUUAAAGUUCGUAUAAAUCUGUUUUGAACUUACGAUGUUAUGAAUGUUAAUCAAAUGCGUACCCGAUAUUAUACAAAUUUUUUCACACAGAGCCCCAUAAAUAUGCUUAUUUUUUCUUCCCCACGCUGCCCAAAAGUGAGCAACUCCAAAUACCGGCACGUUUCUUAAUGGGCUCCUACUAUUAGAUUGCUGACGUACCGCAUUUCAAAAUACUUUGUAAUUUUAGCGACAGCUGUAAUAACUUCAGUAUUUUAAAGGUAUUACCUUAAAAAAAUAUGCGAAUGAUGUAGGAUUCUAAGAUAAUAUUGUCGAUUACCUUACACCACUAAGUUUUAAUACGGCCUUUAACAAAGAAAAACCCAAUUAUUUGUCCUGGUAUUGCAAAGGAAAAUACGUAACUUGUUUCGGCUAUAAAUUUUGUAUUCGGUUCGUUUUUCUUCUUCGGCUAGCUGCUUUGUUCCACCACUUGGUCAGCAUAACCAUGGCGUUUCUGGAAAAUUGCAUCACAAAUACGGAGCGGCGUAUGCCAAGCGACACUCGCUGGCACACUCACUCAAUGGUGGCGACUAUCACCCUGUUGGUUGUCGGUUGAAAUAAUACCGCGUUAUCGGCUCAUGUUAAUUCAUAGAUUAACCAGUUUAGGGCCGCUUGCUCUUAGCACAAAGAUAAAAAACAAGAACAAUAUGUCGAUUUGGUUAGGACUAUUUUAAACAUAAUUUGGGACCAUAUAUUUAACGCAAAGCAGUGGCAAAGAAAUCACUUAUCAUUUACAAGGCCAUUUACAAGGUACAUUUUCUCAUAUAACGAUAAUGCACUUUAAUGCAAUAUUGACUAUCCCAUUUGCACGCCAACCGAAUGUGUUUCAAGAAGCGUGCAUCACAGUUUAUCCAAUGGAUAUAGAUUUUAAUAUUGCGACAGUUUUAUACCAGGUGCUUGCCGUAGUGCAGCCACUAUUAUUUUGGUAAUUGUUUAUGCCAUGCAUAUGAAAGCGAGUUCUGCCAGUUAUCCGAUCCGGUUACCCCACUCUUGACCAGGCUUUACUGCAGUCCAAUCCAAAAUACAAGCCCAGAUCACCUCUCCUUUGCGGCACUAACACAAACUUUCAGCUUUGCUGUAUAAAAUUGAUCAUCAAAAGCAUUCGUUUGGUUUCAUAUAGACAGUUGCUUUUGGAGUUGGCCGUUUGCAAUUGCAGUUGUUAGGUUUUUGCGAGUGCAUAUAAUAUGACUACUUCUUGUUUGCUUCAUGCCGCUAUUUCACACACUUCGACUGUACGAUUUAGAGACUGUGGAAGUCUCUACUCCAAUGGUUUAAACAUUAUGUAGCCACGAAUCCGAGUCCGAAUCCAAGACCGAGCUCCAGCUACCAGAGUUCCCACUCAUGGAAGCCAACGUUGGCGGCGCUUGAUCAGUUGCGGUUUUUACUUUCAUCGGUUCGGUUGUCGUCGUAGUCUAGCCCAACAAAUCAGAAGAGACCUGCCUCCCAAGAAAACAUACUUUUAGGUUUGCUUUUUCUUUGCAUAGGCUUGGUUUUGCUUGAAUUGGCCUGUCUGACUUGGCACAAAUGUUUGUCCAUCCAAUUGCCACUUGGAUUGUUUUUUUUUUUUUUUGUUCGGUUGGUGCUCGCACUGAAGAGAAGAGUGUGUUGAUAUUUAUAAAUAUUGAGGGACUGACCUACCUUCUAUUGGAGAGGUCAUCGCCCCACACGAUAUAUGUACAUAUGAGUUUUAUAUCGCUCAAAUAAAUAAAAAUGUGUUUAUACUCUGUAUGAUUAAGAACUAUCAAAAAUUGCAAAGAUAUAUAAUUUAUGUGGAAUUAUAAAAGCUAAAGAGUUUAGAUUGAGCAUGCAAAUUCUAGUGACGUCUACGCUGUACAAAAUUGAUUCAGAAUGUCCCUCUAACGGCCAGAAACUGUCGAAACCUGAGACGCCCACAAUGAAAAAUAAAAAAGGAAUUUUUUUUAAUUUAUUAUUUGAUUUCCCAAUUUAUAUCGGUUUGCCAAAAACAUUUUUUUUCACUUUGUUGAGUAAAACCCGAAUUGCAUAAUCUGGUGGAAAGUAAGCAGGCAGUGGCUGUGAUCAUUGUCACACCAUCUUGGCGAAUUGAUACGCGGAAGUUAUAUAAACAAUGGUACCAAUAACCUCCCGCGGCAUCGAAGCUUUUCCAGUUGGCCACAACCACGACUGGUUGUGGGCACAACACGUUUAACAAGUUUUUCUCUUUUGGUUUACAGGAAGUUUUGCAGAUUUCCUUUAGCCGGUUAGCUGGUCUGCACAAAACAAAUUUCAACAAAAAUCGAAUCAUAAAUAAGUGAAAACUACAUCAACAAAACUUUAAGAUUAUCCAAGUCCUCAGCCGAGCCCAACGAGUCUUUUCGCGGUCACCGAAAUCCUUGGCACCCUUAUUACAAAUAAGCCAUCGUUUCAGUCGAUAACCACAAUCAUGCCAAUGAGCGAACUGAUCAAAAUAUAAUAUUGCGACAAUGUCAGCGGAGGAACACGAGGCAGUAAUCAACAGUGCGCACAACUGCGUUCCUCGGAUAAACCAGCAAAAUACCUAAAACCAUGAAGGGUAGAAACUAGUCAAAUAAAGCUAAAGAGAGUUAACAGCGACCGGCAGUUUAGCACUAGAUAUUUGAAAUUAGUUUAAAGUAGCAAAGUGGAGACUAGUGGGGAAAGCAAAACUGUGCCCCAUACUUAUUGGCAAAUAUGUCAAGCCUAAGCAUAGCCUUAUUGGCUGUUCUACUGGUCAGCGUCAACUGUGUCAGCAAGUGCUCAAAUGAGACUAAAAAACUUGAAGCAGUGCCCUUGACAGGACAUCAGUUUGUUAACAGGAAUGGUAACACCACCAUUUUGCAUGAAGUGCAGAAAACGGAAACAGAGUUGCCACUAUUACUAAACACACACGAGGUCCUGCCGCUUAAGCCGCCGAAAAAGAAGCCUUACUUGCCCCUUGAGAAGAUCAUACCGACCAUUGAGUAUGUAAAGCCACCGCAACCACUCAAGGAGUUUGAAUUGCAUCCGGUUACCUUUGACUUUAAUUUGGGUGAUUUAGAGGAUCUGGAACACGAGGUUAUUAAGAAGGGUGAUCUCAACAACCAAGAGCAGCGUGUCCUGGCCUUAGACACUAGCUACAAUCCCUCCAAUCCCGAUGAGAACGAUACUGUGGAUGUAGACAUCGCCGAGUUAUCCACAGAGCCCGCCACAGGCACUUUGCCGGGAACGACGACGACUCUCUCGUCGAUGACCAGCAGCACUUCCAGUACUCACAUUUUAAAGAUCCUGGGUAGUAAGCCGCCAAUGGCACCAAAACUUAGUCGCGAUCUGCUUAAGCAAAGUGGAGACGAUGAAAUGCAACUAAAAACCUUGGGCAGUACUAUUAAUAGCAUUCAUCGUUAUCUGGGGACAAACGCGAAUGGAACAGGAAACGGCAGCGCAGUUGAGAGUCUUUAUGGCCAGGCCAACUAUUUUCAACUGGUGGCAAAUCUCUAUGACCACUUCUACUGGCAAAUUUCUGAAAUCCGAACAAAUGUUCGCACAGGCUGCGGGCUCGAGAUGCAAGCCUAUUUGACGGCACUCCAUUCUAGCUAUGAGUGGGCCCAAAAGGCUUAUGAUUCAUCUGGGCGCUACCGGGGCCAGCUGCUCUUUGGAAACGAUAAGUGGCUGGGUCAGCUUUCAUUCUGCUAUGAGCUCAAUCGCAAAAGUUUAACUGAGGAGCGCCAGCACUUUGAUUUGGAGUUCUAUGUGGCGGAUGUUGCACUUCAUUUGCCCAGGCUUAAUCGAUCGAUACUUUUGAGUCUGGGAGAGUGUUUGCCCAAAUCCUGUUCUGACAUUGAUGUCAAAUCUAUCUUGUCCCUUGAUCCGUAUGCUCGAAUGCUGACUGUAUUGGGCGCACACAAUACCUCAAUACAACAACUUCCGCUUCAGAUCCUGCAUGUUCGCACUGUGCCCGGACUUUAUACGCACUGGCGUCAGUUAAAGUUUCAGGUGUUCAUCAGCUUUAUGCUCACUCUUUUUCUGGUGAUUUUGGUUGCUUCCUAUUAUCAGCUCAAAAUCGACGAACGUCGCUUAGUGGUGGCUCCUAUUGCAGCCAUUAGUGGCAAAUGCGAUAGAACCUCUGCCAAAAGCCAUGGAUUUUAUGGCAAGUCCUUCGAGCUUUUUCAAAUGCAGCCCUUGGGCUGUACAAGUGCUUCCACGGAUGUUCCCGGAGUAGAUGUCAAUGGAAACAGACAAAGGUGUGAGGACUCAUCUGACACGGAAAAUGGUGUUCAACGAGAAUUCGGUGACCCCAACACUUCCACGUCAGUUGGUGAAAAGUCAGAAAUGGCCGAUUAUCAAGUGGAAACUGGGAGCUGUGCUGGAGGCACUGGAACUUAUGAGGCGAAGCAAUCUGUCGCUUUGCACCAACAAAUACUAUUAUGCUUCGCCUUGCAAACCAAUGCCAAGGCGAUUCUAAACAUUAACAAAACCAAGGAGACCCACACUGCAUGCCUGCAUGGAUUAAGAGUAUUCUCUGUUCUUUGGACCAUGAUGGUGCACACCUAUCUCCAAAUGUUUGCAAUUGGUGAAAAUAAAUUUGAAAGGAUCAUCACAGAGCGCUCUUUUUGGUAUCAGGUGAUCGGCAAUGCCACCUUCUCAGUAGACUCAUUCUUCUUUAUCAGCGGUCUGCUGGUCACUUUGCUCUACCUCAAGCAGGAUCGUAAACAUCCGACUGAAACAUGCCUUUUUAUUAAAAGCAGCUUUUCGGAAACGCUUAUGAUGCUGCUUUAUCGCUACCUACGACUUACACCAGUUUAUCUCUUUGUAGUCAUCUUUAAUGACUUUGCCGUAAGACAGGGCCUAGACACUUCGGUAUUUCAACCUGCCAAAAUCGAACACAACACUUGUCGCAUUUAUUGGUGGCGCAAUAUUUUGUAUAUAAACAACUAUUUUCCGCAAACAGAAAUGUGCAUGAUGUGGAGCUGGUAUAUGGCCAACGAAAUGCAGUUUUAUGUGAUGGCUGCUCUGCUUUUGGCUUUGGCCAGAAAGUACUUCAAAGCCGUGGCGAUUACACUUUUCGUUAUUCUACUUAGCUCGUGGAGCAUUUCUGGUAUAAUAUCCUUAACACAUCAGUACACCCACAAAGUUUCCCUGCCCUUCGAGUCUUUUGACUUCCUGUAUGACAAACCAUGGCAACGAGUGGGUUCUUAUAUAGUAGGAAUGUGCGCUGGAUACGUUUUGUACAAGGUGAAGACUCCGCCACUGAUUUCUAGGCGUUUAAACCUAAGCCUUUGGGCUUGCAGCCUGUUUGUGCUUCUGAUCGUGGUCUUUGGGGUUUGGGAAGGACAAUUAGGCACCGCCAGCAGCGCCUUUUACGUGGGCGUAGCCCACACAGCCUUUGGAUGCGGGCUAGUGUGGAUCGUCUUAUCCUGCUGCUGGGGGCUUGCGCCGACCGUUAAUGCAAUCCUCUCGUAUCGCGUUAUGUGGCCACUUUCGCGACUCACAUACUGUGCCUAUCUGAUUCAUCCCAUCAUAAUGUUCAUCUGCUCUUCGCACAUGAGCGGAACUGUCCACCUAAGCAAUCCUCUCAUACUGACCUUGUUUUUAGGCAACGCCGUCGUGUCCUUCGGCUCCGCCUUUGUCAUAUCCGCAUUUUUCGAAGCACCCGUCAUCCGGAUACUUAAAAUCUGUUUUAAAAAGUGAUCAAUCUUUUCGCAGCCAAUUUGUUUAAUUAUAUGUAUAUUCGAAGUGUAGUGGUUUUUCUUUCCUUUUUUCGUGUCUGCAACGAAGUAAUGCACAAUCAGAUGACAGCUGAUGCUUAUAUAUCUAUAAGCUUAAAUAUGUUAUAUAUUUUUAUAAAUGAAGACGGCUUCCUCAGUGGAAGUUAAGCGUUUUUUAAUAAAAUAUUCCUUAAACCAAAGAUAAUCAGCAUUUAAUUUUACUCAAUUGUUAUACAUGGCGUUGAGUUUUUUGUUAAAUAAACUUGACCUAGUUCAUGACAAUAUAUAGUCUGUGCCUCAACGUCAGCACUAUUUCGAACAGUAGCAUAAAUAUAUUUCAUAAAUACAGAGAAAAUGUUCAAGGUUUUUCUUUUCACAGCAGUUUUGAUCUGUACCAUGGUACUCAUUUUAAAUACAUGCAAGGUACAAUGGGCCGUAUCGAAACGCCGACGUCAUAUCAAUAAGUUAAAGGAAAUGCAGUUCGAAGUACAAAUAGUUUUGCAUGAGGAACAAAAAGCUAUUGAUUCAGUAGCAUGGAUGAUGCGAUCAGAAAUGAGCAAGAUUGAUUACGGUUCUGAUGAGUUUGAUGAAGAACUGGAUAACUUGGAAAGGAUUUUCUGGAACGCAAAAAAUGAAUUGAAAAGGUUGGAGACAAAGCUGCUUGAGUUUAAACAAAAUGAAAAUAAAUGUAAGGCGCAUUUAUAAAUGUUUAAG